GUAAAGAGAGAUCCAUCCAGUCUUUGAAAACUUCAAGAGAUACUUCUCCCUCAAGUUCUUCAGCAGUUUCUUCAUCCAAGGUUUUGUUAGACAAACCUAGCAGGCUAACUGAGAGACUUGCUGAGGCUGAAAGCAAGUGGGCUAGCGAGAAAUUGGAGAAGUCAGAUGAAAAUAACUUGGGUGAAAUUGCUGAGUUUGAGGAGGGGUCCACAGCACCCUUAUUUAUUGACCAGACAGAAGAACCCGAGUCAAGCACAUCAGAUGACCAGCUCAGCAGUCGCUCUAAAGCAAUUGCAUCAAAAACAAAAGAGAUCGAACAGGUUUACCGACAAGACUGUGAAACUUUCGGGAUGGUGGUGAAAAUGCUGAUUGAAAAAGAUCCUUCAUUAGAAAAAUCUAUACAGUUUGCACUGAGGCAGAAUUUACAUGAAAUAGGUGAGCGGUGUGUGGAAGAACUCAAGCAUUUCAUUACUGAGUAUGAUAAUUCUACUCAAGAUUUUGGAGACCCUUUUUAGAAGAAUUAGUGCCCAGGUAAAAAAAAAUUUUAAAGCUUCUAGCUUUCCCCCCUUGGAUUGUGUAAAUCCUUGCUAUUUUGUGAUGAAGAGAAAUACUUUAUGAUAGCUGACCACAUUUCUAGUAUUAA